AAAUGGCAAUUUUUGAAACAAACACAAAGAUCUCUCUUCAUCUUCGCAGCAACAGCCUGCCAUCGACGCAACACCCUUUUAGAUCGCAAUGUGAGGAGCAUUGCCGGAGAUUGAAGGACUCUGAGGUCACCUCUUGUUCUUCAUCAUCUUUGAUAAUCAAGAAUCUUGCUAUCUUGCAAGAUCUGCAUGAGUGCAUUAACAAUCUGCUCCAAUUACCAAACUCACAACAAGAUUUGGCAGGAGAAUGCAUCCAUGAACUAUUAGAUGGAUCUCUAAGGCUCUUGGACAUAUUUAGUAUGGUUCAAGAUUGGCUAGUGCAAUCAAGGCAAAGCGUGUGUGAGCUCGAGUCAGUUAUUCGCAGGCGAAGUAAAGCCAAAAAUGGAAUCUCAGUUGAGGUUGGAAAAUACAUUGCAUCAAGGAAACAGAUCAACAAGGCAAUAAUUCAGAAAGCCCUGACAAACAUGAAAGGAUUCAAGAAGGAUAUUAUGGUUGCUUCUUCCUCAAGCAAAGACAACGCGACUUUAGCCAUCUUAGAAGAAGCAGAAUUAGUCACAUUGAACUCAUUGGAAUCUUUGUUGUUGUUCAUCAAUGGUCCAAAGGAACAAGAAAGCCAGGGAAAGUGGAAAGUGAUGCCCAAAUUGUUGAAGUCUAAUAGAGUUGAAUCAUGUGACACAAAUGAAUUUGAAAAGGUUGAUGCAACUUUGAAGAUUCUCAUGAAUCACAAGCCUUCCUCAAUUGAGAAUCUUCACAGCCAAAUGGAAAAUUUAGUGAUGUGCAUUCAGGAUCUAGAAGCAGGCGCGGAACGCCUUUCGAGGCAACUAAUUAGAACCAGAGUUUCCCUUCUCAAUAUCUUCAGUUACUAGUCAUGGAAAAAAAAACUAAUUGCUGAUACUUGUA